AUGUAUCUCAACCUUGCGCUCUGGUUUCACUGUUCACUCCAGACCCAAGACAGCCGUCUCAAGCACGAUACACCUCCAAGAGCCAUUCUUCUAGUCAACAAGCACCGGACGAAGCUCGUCGUCGACGCCAUCGACACCUUGCUUGCGUACCUCCGCGAAAAGUAUCCCGACGUCCGGGUCUUCCAUGAAGACAGACCCGACAUUCCCCCAGGCGUCGAGAUCUGGCGACCAGGGCCUGAGGCCGAGAAGAUCAACCUCGUAGUCACGUUAGGCGGCGACGGCACCAUCCUCCACGCAUCGUCUUUGUUCAAAGUAGGCGCAGUGCCGCCGGUGCUGAGCUUCUCGAUGGGCACGCUCGGCUUCCUGCUCCCUUUCCACAUCGACGACUACGCCAAAGCGCUCGACAGCGCCUUCGCCGGCCGCGCGACUGUGCUUCACCGCAUGCGGCUCUCAUGCCGCUUUCACGACUGCGACGGGGAGCGGCUGGAAGGGCAAGCACAAGACUGGCAGGUCAUGAACGAGAUCGCGCUGCACCGCGGCGCCAGUCCGCACCUCAACACGAUCGACAUAUACGUUGACGGGCAGCACCUCACCGAGGCUGUGUCUGACGGCCUCAUCGUCUCCACGCCGACAGGGUCCACAGCGUACUCGCUCUCCGCCGGCGGGCCCAUCGUCCACCCGUCCCUGAGCGCGCUCGUCCUGACGCCCAUCUGCCCGCGCAGCCUCUCCUUCCGCCCGCUCGUCUUCCCGUCCUCGUCCUCGGUGACGCUCCGCGUGAGCGAGCGCAGCCGCGCCUCCGCCGGGCUCGCCCUCGACGGGCAGACGUCGCACGUCCUCGGGCCCGGAGAGGCGGUCACCGUGCAGGCGUCAAAGUACCCUAUACCUUGCAUCAACCGGUCGUCGAUCGCGGAUCCGGAGGAGAUCCAGGAUGGUGAAGGGGUGGGCCCGGGGAAGGAGGAUGAUUGGGUGAGGGACAUCAACAACCUGCUCCAGUACAACGCGACGUUCAGGAGCAAGGCGUUGUUGCGCCAUAGCAGGCCGUAGGAGGCGCGAUGUCGGGGUGAGUAGUUCCGUCGUCGGUCGGUGUCGGUAUACGAGUGCAAGUUAUACCACUUGGUGCAGAACAGUCGCGUGAGUCGGAUGAUCGAACGCUAGCACGCACCAGCGUGGUCUGGUAAUGACACGGUAUGUGUGCGACAUGCAACAUCAACUCAGUCCCAGCACUGCGAUUGGUACAGCUGAUUACAAGAUGAUAGUUCUACACAAUGCUACAUGCCACAGACCAGCCGAUGGCGACUAGAGGUAAUACAAGCACA